ACCCCUCUCUCUCUCUCUCUUGUUCCUUGUGUCUCAAAGUUUCUUACUUUUGGGCGGGUUUACUGGUAGUUUUCUUUUCAGGGACGUUUCUUUAGUUUCUGGGGUUCUUGUAGUUGUGGGUUUUUUGUCUCUAGUUUCUUGGUAGUGUGUCACGCUUUUUUCCUCUCUACCAAACUGUGAAGACUUUGUGUGGCUGGCCUUGUAAUAAAAGUUUCCGUUUUGUUUUCUAUUUGCUAAGUGAUGGGUACUGAGGAGAAGCCUCUUAAUCCUCUUGUUUCAAACCAUGAUGAUUCUGCCCCUUCUUCAAAUCAGGCCGAAGAAGGAUCCUACUCUGCUAUAACAGAAGAGACUUGUGAAAACGUUCAACAAUGGAGACGCAACAAUCUCUCUUUGCAGAUACCUUCAAGAGCAACCAAUCUCUCCCCUGAAGAUUCCGUUGUCAUCAAAAUGCCUAGUCCAACUCCAAGAAGAGUCAACUUCUCUUUGACUUCUACUUCUCCAGGCCCUGGUCCUGCUUCCUCUUCUGCUCCUCCUCCUCCUCCUCCUCAUCCUCCCCGGAGUAAAUCUUCCCUGAAGAGUCUAAUCCCAAAAGUUGGAUUCAAACCAAAACUCUCUAACACUGAUGUGGAAAAGGGACAAGGAGGGGACGUGUCUUGUCCUUCUGCAUUGCAGGAGAAGGCUUCUAUACCGAGGUCGCUAUCUCUUUCAAAGUUGUUCACGCCUAGGAUCAAGAGAACUUCAUCUCUACCUGUGACUCCCAUUGUGCUUUUAAACUCAGAGUCAGCUCACGGAGGAGGAAGCAGUUGUGUUGCUCCUCAAACUCCAACCAGCAAAGGGAGGGUGCAUAUAGGUCGCUCUCGCUCUGUGCCUGUUAAUGACAAGGAAGCAAGCCUAAAGGGAAUGGAUUCUUUCUUCAGAGUGAUCCCUUCAACUCCUCGUGUAAAGGAAGGAGACGUUUUCUCAAAUGCAUCUGAGGCUGUUAAUACUGAAACAUGUGAAGCUGAUGGAGAAGACAUACCUGAGGAGGAAGCAGUUUGUAGGAUUUGUUUGGUGGAUCUCUGUGAAGGAGGAGAAACUUUAAAAAUGGAGUGUAGUUGCAAAGGAGAGCUUGCUCUUGCGCACAAAGACUGUGCUCUCAAAUGGUUCACCAUAAAAGGUAACAAAACCUGUGAGGUGUGUAAACAAGAAGUUAAGAACUUGCCUGUGACACUCCUACGGAUCCAAAGCAUUCGAAACUCUGGUGUUCCUCAGAUAGAUGUCACUGGGUACAGGGUUUGGCAGGAGGUCCCGGUUCUAGUAAUCAUCAGUAUGCUUGCUUACUUUUGUUUCCUGGAGCAGCUCCUGGUUGAGAAAAUGGGGACGGGUGCAAUUGCUAUAUCACUGCCGUUUUCUUGUAUUCUUGGUCUUCUUGCAUCCAUGACUGCAUCAACCAUGGGUAUAUGUUUUGUCCUCUUCAUUGUUCUCCUUGUUUCUGAUAUGUGUUUGGUUGAUUGGAUUAAAUAUUUUUUUGCAGUAAUGAGAAGAUUUGUGUGGAUUUACGCAUCUGUACAGUUUGCUUUGGUGGUUCUCUUCGCCCAUGUAUUUUAUUCAGUGGUGGAGUUGCAACCGGUUCUGUCAGUUCUUCUGUCAACAUUUGCUGGAUUUGGUGUAUGCAUAUGCGGUAGUUCAGUGAUGGUUGAGUUUGUGAGAUGGAGACGUAGAUGGCUAGCCAGAAGGCUGGAGCAGCAGCUGAACAAUGCUCAGACGCUGCCCCAAACGCUGGAUGCAACAACCUCUCAGCAUCAUCCAAAUGCAGCUUAGAGCCAGGAAAAGUGGAAUGAUGAUUUUACAUUUAUACAGUUUUUGUUGGUUAAUGUUAUGUGUGAUAAAGUGGAAUGCUUAAAAUGAUUGUUAUUUUGUUUGUCUAUGCUUUGUUUACAUACACCAUUGUAUUGUUUGUAAGUUUGUAACUUUGACUGCUCAAUCUCUGCAAACUAAUUGUUUUGUAGUAGCAUUGCUUGUAAAGUUCUCAUGUAUAAUAAAAUUGUUAUGGAAAUA